CUGACUAUCCUCCGAUGUAUGCUGGCAAGCAACACCGGAACACACGACAACCACGAUCCUGCCUCAUCGGCGACCCUCACCCCUGAGUUGUGAUCCCUCUCGAAGCCGAGCGAAACAACAGAAACCUGCGGAAAACACGGACACGAUGGCCUGCCCAACGGGAACGCCCGACUGGAGCGGCGUCACGCUCGAGACGUUCAACCAGACGCUCCUCCGCAACCCGGCGCUGUGCACGUCGUGCACCUGCCCCCUCGAGAUCGACGGCCACAUUCUCGGCGACAUGUCCUACUACCCCUCGCUGGCCGGCAACAUCCUGUUCGCCGCCCUCUUCGGGGCGCUGCUGCUCCUGCAGGUCGGCUUUGGCAUGGGCUCGAGAACAUGGGGGUUUCUGAUUUGCAUGUCGGCCGGGCUGAUCCUCGAGGUGCUGGGGUAUAUCGCGAGGAUCCUGAUGCGGGAUAAUAUGUUUACAAACACUUACUUUAUCAUGUACCUCGUCUGCCUCACCCUCGGCCCGGCCUUCUUCUCCGCGGCGAUCUACCUGAGCCUGUCCCGGCUGGUCGUCAUCUACGCGCCCGGCCGCGCCCGCUUCCGGCCGCAGACCUACACGUACAUCUUCGUCGGGUGCGACACCAUCGCUCUCCUCCUGCAGGGGGUCGGCGGCGGCUUGGCGGCCGGCGCCGACGCCGGGUCGACACUUUCCAAAGACGGAAUUAACAUCAUGAUCGCCGGCGUGGCCUGGCAGGUGUUCUCGCUGGCCCUGUUCGGCCUGCUGAGCUUCGAGUUCUGGCUGCGCGCCCGGCGGCCGGCGUCCUCCUCCACCUCGUCAUCUUCCUCCCACUACAACCCGGCGUUUGCGGCCCUGCGCGCGCGCCGGUCGUUCCAGCCCUGGUUCAUCGUCGCGCUCGCCCUCGCCGGCGUCUUCAUCUUCGUCCGCUCCGUCUUCCGCUGCGCCGAGUUGUCGGGCGGGUUCAGCGGCAAGCUGGCCAACGACGAGAUCACCUUCAUGCUGCUGGAGGGCACCAUGAUCAUCCUGGCCUGCAUCCUGCUGACUGCCUUCCACCCGGGCCUCGUGGUCGGGUCCGAGGCCUGGGCUGCGGCAAGCUGGAAGGCGGGGGCGCACGGGUCGCCUGGUGAUGGAGAAAAGGCGGCGACGGUGACGGCGGCGUCGAGCUAUAGGGAGUGAUUCUUGGACUGAUGAUUAGUGUACCAAGGUUCUAUAUAACACACAUAGAUCUGGGAGACUCUCCAUGCUCACUGGGGUACCGUUCUGGAGCUGACAUGGCGGCGUUGGGUGCAUAGGCCGAGGUCUCUGGUUCCGCUUGGGAUAUCCAUUGUCAUGGAUAUUUGAGAUAGAGGAGAUUAUUGUUCACGUUACCAGCAUAUUUGGGAAGCCUCUGCCGAGGUGCCUCCUGACCGACUCCCCCAGCUGCUCAGCUUUACGUUUACCUCUCCCCCUUUGCCACAGGCCCUUGAAAAAAGUCGACAUAAUCAAACAUGCUCCGCUUGUAGGUCCUCCGCAGCGCCCCAUCGGUGCGGUUG